GUCCCUACUCGCAGCCUUUUUGGCUGAAGGGGCUUCUGAUUCCCAGCCUCUGCAUAUCACCUGUGUCCGUUGCCAACUCUAUUCACUCCGCCGGGGCGCGCCCCAGAGAUGGUCCUGGCCAGGGUCUACAGCGUGAGCCAGGGCUUCCACAUCGCCGUGCUGGCCUGCUCGUCCCUGAUGCUGGCGUGUGUUGUGCACUCCAUCUACGUGUCGGAGGCGUCGUGCGACGCCCUGGAGCGAGUCGACUGGGCCACUGGAGUCUUCAGCGCAGUCAACGUCCUCCAGUGGUCCGCCAUUGUUCUCGUCACGCUGUUCCUCUUCCCGCUGCGAGUGGAGGUCGACGAGGAGAAGUGCGAGCUGCGCUACGUGCUCCUGGGCUUCACCGUGCGCCUGCCGCUCGCCGCGGUGGCGCGCGGCCACGCCGCGGCGGGCGGCCUCGCGCGGCGCCUGCUGCCCAGGGGGCUGACGACCGACCUGCAGGGCGUCGGCGCGGCGACCGUGCGGCCGCACAAGAAGACCAGC